UGUUUGUUUUCUUUUUUUUGAUUGGUUUAAUAUGAAAUAAUUUUCGGCCUUUUUAUUUUUCAUUUAGUUAUAGUGAGGUACUUUCCCCACUUAAAACAAAGAUUACCUAUAAGCGAAAAAUUGUGAAUUUACGUCACUGUUCAAAAAAACAAUAUAUACCCCAAGAUCUAUUAACUUGAAAGCAAGGUCGAUGUUCAGUCUUCACAGAUAUAAGCCGUUAGUAACAAAUAAGGGAGAUGAUUACAGUCAUCGUUUCUGCAAUUGCUUAUCUGGUCGAAAGCUGCACAGGUGUAGUUUUAGAAGAACAAUUGGAGAACACUUCAAUACAAGAAUUCGAGUCAUUGUGUGUGUGGGAUGCUUCAGCACAAUUGGAAGAUUUCACCAAAUUUGAUCCCAAGGACGCAAUAUUCCAAGAAUUCGAUCCACCAAGACAACUCGAAGACGAUCCUCAAGCAUGGAAAAAAAGCUUGCCAACUUUCUUGAAGUCUUUCUGGGAGUGUCUCAAAACUGUUCUGCUUAUCCAAACAGUGGCUGGUUGUCUUAUCGGCUUGUUUGCAGUAGGAAUAUAUUUUUUUAACUUACUCACUUUAGAAUGGUGUAACGAAGAGACCCCACACUGGAAUAAAAUGCCAAUACAGGUUCAGCGCCUUCGAGUUACGACAGCAGCUAUUGAAGGAAUUUUUGUCCAAAUGUGGGAUUUCUUUUGUAUCAUAUUGAUUUUUCCGCUCUCGUUAAUCAAAGAUCUACAUUUACUCACUCUCAAUCUGUUGGCAGGUUUCAUAGAGCUGGCGUACAGGCUAUUCUUACAGUUGUAUGGGAUCUACAAGAUCUCUUGGAUGGCUUACCCCUUGAAUGCAUUAUUUUGCAUUGUAGUACUCAUUAAUAAUUUUCUUUUAGCCCGACAUUUUUCGCCACAUUCUUUAGGAAGAGCCAUCAGAAUAGACUUUAUUCUGUCCGCCCAGUUUCUUCUUGGAAUGCCUGUGACAUUUUUUAUUCUUUAUGAAUUAUUUCCACUUUACGUUAGUCAAGAAGAACGCAUAAAGAUCGUCAUAGCAGGAAUGUCUCCCUUUGCUUCAGUUAUUCCCAAAGUCAUUUGUCGUCUUGGAGCUCAGAGUUUGAAUGGAAUUAUCCACCCUGGAACAGCCCAUGUUCUUGUAACAGUUAUCUAUGGAGCUUCCGCAGUUGUGUUCCGAGUUUUACAAGCAGAACUGACAAGCAUUAACAAGUUCAUAGCAUGUGGAAUAGCCCAUGCUUUCAUAGAUCUUCUGGAGAGGAUUACUAUUACAAUGAGAGAUAAUAUAUGGGGGUAUUUGUAUCGCUUGGUGCGACGACAGACAAGUAGACAGCCAAAGUACAUCAGCCCAAGAAGUAGGCGUUUGAUAGCUGAUAUCAGCAUCCAGAUUAUGAUGCAAGAGGCGACUGCUUUGAUCACCACUCUGGGAUUCAUCAACGUCUUCCAGUAUGUGUACAGCACGUCUAAACCCUUUACUGAUUAUGAACUUGUUUUUAGCUUCUUUAUUCGAGUUGGGCUAGGGUUGUCCAUUGACUUGGUCUUUAAUGUCAUUUCUCUCUUGAUCCAAACUCGUGUCAUGAAUAUAGCAGUCAACAGGGUUUGGAAGAAGAAAUGGCGUUACCAUUUGCUCGUCAACACUGUUCUUCUUUUUGUGUCUGUUCUUUAUUUUAGUGACCAUUUAUUUGGUAUAGUGAAAAGCGCAUUAAAAGAAGGUUAUAUAACGAACAUGAACGAUAGACAAACACCUCUUUCACGGCCAUCGGCAUCGAUAAAGCCGUAAUUAGCGUCGUUUGAGGCUGCUUAUUUUAGAGCUCUCCUGCUUUUUGCUUUUAUUUCUCUACCUCGAGAACAAUUACAUACGGUGAUCGUGCUUUCAGUGUUGCAGCACCGAAAUUGUGGAAUACACUGCCCGAUAAUGUCAAGUCUUGCUGUACUGUAAAUAGCUUCUAAACAAAACUAAAAACUCAUCUUUUUAAAAA